UCAGACUACACAGACUAGCGUGAGCAGGCAUAAACGUCACAUUACAGAUUUCGCCCUUUGUGGCGCUUUACCACGGGCCAUCCCCAAAAUAAACAAUGGAAAGAGGCAGCAUCUCCACCGGCUCACAGACCACAUCCAUCCCUGCUGCGCACCAGCUCAGCUCCACCAUGGAUGUUCCCCAGUUUCAUGGUGAUAUGGACGGACAGUGCGCCGGGUCCUCCAAAGUCCUUCUGGCUUACAAAAACGCGUCGCAGCACCUUAGUUCAUCGGGAAUUAAAGCGGGCUUGGGGAUACUUAAAGUGGCCUCGUCUCAGUGGAAACAGGAAAAAAAGACGUGCUCAGGGGCAGCCGUAAGGCAACUAUCCACUCCCAACAGCAGCCAUCUCUGCAAGGGAUCCCCACUGGAUCAGCUGGCAUCUCUGUUUCUCCACGGUCAAACCCGGCAGCGCCAGAUUGGCCAGGAGCAAGCACCGACUAAACCGCAGAACUGUAAGCGCAUCGUGGUUCUUGGUGCGCCACGGGUUGGCAAGACCUCCAUCCUAAGAAGAUACCUCCGGGACGGAUUUGUGGAGGAGUACAAUCCCACCUCGGAGGAUUUCCUCAGGAAACUGUUUCGUAUCCGCGGAGAGACCUACCAAAUUGACGUCCUGGACGCGUCCAAGGAACGGGAUUUCCCAGCCAAGCGCAGGCUCUCUAUCCUCACUGGAGACAUUUUUCUUCUCGUAUUCAGUCUAGAUGACCGGAGCUCUUUCGAAGAAGUGUGCGCCCUGCGAAAGGAGAUUCUGGCCGCUAAAUCCAAGCUUAACAAAUCCUCUGUGCCAGGGCAGUGCGCACAGCUGCAAGUUCCCCUAGUGGUCUGCGCCAACAAGGUUGAUCUCCUGGAGACUGAGAGAGAAAUAUCUAAUGCAGAGGUGCUCCAAGCCCUCAGUGAUGACUGUGCCUAUUUUGAAACGUCUGCAAAGGAAAGCACGAAUCUAGAGAAAGUCUUCGAGACUUUGGCAAAGCGAGGCGGGCUUCCGACUGAAACUAGCCCGUCUCAGCACCGCAAAGUCUCCCUCUGUUCGUACCAGGCAAUGCGGGUAAGCCGUGUGCCGGAGAGGGGCAGACAGUCCCAGGGGCGCGAUGAUGCCUGCGGCGCCCUGUACCCACUGGCCCGUAGGCCGAGUUUUAAUACAGAUCUUCGACAAGUCAUUGGGCCAAGUACGGCAAGAAAGCCCGGCAAAGCACUGGACAAAUGUCCGAUUCAGUAAGGACAAUAAGAU